CAUACAUACAUACAUACAUACAUAUAUAUAUAUAUAUAGGGGAGGGUUCCAGUGAGAAUAGACUCCCAAGAGAGAAAUGAGAAUGAUUUUUGGCCUUCCAUCAUUUCAAUCCUGCGGCUUAGAUCGAAGCUUCCGGCUGUUAAAAAAUGCACGUGAGACGUGCGUGGGAUUAAUUAAAAAGCCAAACGUGCAUUGCAAAAAUCUUUAAAGGGCAUUUUGGUAAAAGAAAUCAGCGAGUAAUUAUGGCGGUUGGGCCAAUUAUGGCAAGAAUCCCGGUUAAUGUGCCGGUGAAGGAAACUGCCUUGUGCAGAGUUCUACUGAAGACAGACCUGUACUCACGCUUGGAAGAAAUUAUCAAGAACCGGCGAAACCCUACGAAGCUUUGGAUUGAAGAUGGCAUCAACGAACGAUACCGAAGGAGCAUCUGGAAGCCGAAAAUGUGCUACAGAAAUGGUAGAAACAACAAUGCAGACUGUUACAAAAGGAAAGGGAAAGAGAACAAAUGAUUCGCCUGCAAAUGAAUCCAAACGAACUGUUAAGAAGAGACAGAGGAAACAAGGAGCAGAACAUGAAAGUGAUGAUGACUUUCAGGUUCAGCCCAUUCUUGGAUGUGUUGAGACUGAUUUGAUUGAAAAUAUGGCAAAGAAAAGAAGUAUAAAAGAGAUCAAAUCUGGCUAUAGGUCAAUACGUACGCGAUCGUCACCACAUGUGUUAGUUAAAGCUCUGAGUGGGAUGACAGACGCUCAGAAAGAAGAUAUAAAAAAAAUAGGAUUUGGUGCAGUAUUUAAUCUAGAUAUUGCUGAAAUUCCUGGAAAGCUAGGUUAUUGGGUGGUUGAAAACUUUGAUCCCAAAAAAUGCUCAUUAGUGCUGCUAGAUGGGAGUAUUGUGCGUAUAACAGAAGAGGAUGUUGCAAGAGUCUUGGGUUUUCCUUUAGGAGGGAAAAAAAUUGUCCAAAAGAAGAAAAAUGAAGACUGUGCUCUGCUGCAAGAAUGGAGAGCUAUAUUUGACAAAGAGGACUAUAAGAUUAGCCCAUCAGAUGUUAGUGCAGCAAUGCUGAGCAAAAGUGAAGGAGGUGACUGGUUCAAAAGGCAUUUCGUUGUUCUUGUUGUGUAUUUGCUACUAGAUAGCACCCAGAAUGGGUAUGUGACUCCACUGAUAAUGAAUCACUUGGAAGAUGUUGAAAAGAUAAGUGAACUGAAUUGGUGCAACCAUGUUAUUAAUUGUUUAAUUGAGAAGAAAGUUUCAUGGGAGAAGAAGAAAGAAAAGGCCUUUACCGGUCCAUUGCUUUUUUUAAUA